AUGCUCCGAGGCCGAUCUCUAUCUGUGACAUCCCUGAGCGGGCUUCCUCGGUGGGAAGUGGAAGAACUUCCUGUGGACGAUUUACUACUGUUUGAAGUCGCUUGGGAAGUAACCAAUAAAGUUGGUGGCAUCUAUACUGUGAUUCAGACGAAGGCCAAAACCACAGCAGAUGAAUGGGGAGACAAUUAUUUUCUGAUUGGCCCCUAUUUUGAGCAUAAUAUGAAGACUCAGGUGGAACGGUGUGAACCUAUAAAUGAUGCUAUCAGAAGAGCAGUGGAUACAAUGAAUAAACAUGGCUGCCAGGUGUACUUUGGAAGGUGGCUGAUAGAAGGGAGUCCUUACGUGGUGCUAUUUGACAUAGGCUCUUCGGCUUGGAACCUGGACAGAUGGAAGGGAGAUCUCUGGGAAGCAUGCAGUGUCGGCAUCCCUUAUCAUGACCGAGAAGCCAACGAUAUGCUAAUAUUCGGAUCUUUAACCGCCUGGUUCUUAAAAGAGGUGACGGAUCAUGCAGAUGGGAAACAUGUCAUUGCCCAAUUCCAUGAAUGGCAGGCAGGAACUGGACUGAUCCUUUCUCGAGCUCGGAAGCUUCCUAUCGCUACAAUAUUUACCACUCAUGCCACACUGCUUGGCAGGUAUCUCUGUGCAGCAAACAUUGAUUUCUACAACCAUCUCGAUAAGUUUGACAUAGACAAAGAGGCUGGGGAAAGGCAGAUUUACCACCGGUAUUGCAUGGAGCGAGCCUCUGUCCAUUGUGCUCAUGUGUUCACCACAGUAUCUGAAAUAACAGCAAUAGAGGCAGAACAUAUGCUGAAGAGAAAGCCUGAUGUAGUUACUCCAAAUGGCUUGAGUGUUAAGAAAUUUUCAGCAGUACAUGAGUUUCAAAAUCUACAUGCCACGUACAAGGCCAGGAUCCAAGAUUUUGUUCGAGGUCAUUUCUAUGGUCAUCUGGACUUUGACCUUGAAAAGACUUUGUUCCUUUUCAUUGCUGGGAGAUACGAGUUUUCAAACAAAGGAGCUGACAUCUUCCUAGAAGCCUUAUCCAGGUUAAAUUUCCUGCUGAGGAUGCAUAAAAGUGACGUCACAGUGGUGGUGUUUUUCAUUAUGCCUGCCAAGACAAACAAUUUCAAUGUGGAAACCCUGAAAGGCCAGGCAGUGCGGAAACAACUAUGGGACAUUGCACAUUCUGUGAAGGAAAAAUUUGGAAAGAAACUCUAUGAUGCAUUAUUAAGAGGAGAAAUUCCUGACAUGAACAAUAUUUUGGAUCGAGAUGAUGUAACAGUUAUGAAAAGAGCCAUCUUUUCAACUCAGCGACAGUCUUUGCCUCCAGUGACCACUCACAACAUGAUUGAUGACUCCACUGAUCCCAUUCUCAGCACCAUUAGACGGAUCGGACUUUUCAACAACCGCACAGACAGAGUCAAGGUGAUUUUGCACCCAGAGUUCCUAUCCUCCACCAGCCCCUUAUUACCCAUGGAUUAUGAAGAGUUUGUUCGAGGUUGUCAUCUAGGAGUUUUUCCUUCAUACUAUGAACCAUGGGGUUAUACUCCAGCUGAAUGUACGGUGAUGGGUAUACCCAGUGUGACAACAAACCUGUCCGGCUUUGGCUGUUUCAUGCAGGAGCACGUGGCUGAUCCUACUGCCUACGGCAUUUACAUUGUUGACAGGCGGUUCCAGUCUCCAGAUGAUUCCUGCAAUCAGCUGACUCAGUUUCUCUAUGGAUUUUGCAAACAGUCCCGCCGCCAGAGAAUUAUUCAGAGAAACCGAACUGAGAGGCUCUCCGAUCUUCUGGAUUGGAGAUACUUGGGCAGAUAUUAUCAACAUGCCAGGUACCUGACAUUAAGCAGAGCUUUUCCAGAUAAAUUCCAUAUGGAACCUACAUCACCACCAACGACAGAAGGAUUUAAAUAUCCCAGGCCUUCCUCAGUUCCACCUUCCCCUUCAGGGUCUCAGGUCUCUAGUCCUCAGAGCAGUGAUGUGGAAGAUGAAGAGGAUGAGCGCUACAAUGAGGAAGAGGAGGCUGAAAGGGAUCGGUUAAAUAUCAAGUCGCCAUGGUCUCUGGGCCGUGUUCCUCGUGGGAAGAAAAAGCUGCAUGGUGAAUACAAGAACUGAAUUCCACGCUUGUAGAACAGAACUAAUGUAGUAAGAACAUAGUAAGAAUGAUUACUUAAAGACAUGAAAAUGCUACAGAUUUCUUUUUCUUCUUCCAUUACAACAGGAUUUAUUCUCUGCCUCCAAAGGGGAGAAAAUUAAGUGAAUGGCAAUUUUGUAAUUUCUAAUAA